AUGACGUCAUCCAGAUCAAGCCAGGCGACACUAACAGAUCUCCGGAUUCGGAAAUCAUCUCUUCAAAAUUUAAAAAGUAUGCCAAUCAAUAAGAACCAAAUCUUUCGUAUCUUGAUAGACAUUUGUGAGGAGGCUGAAAUAUACGUUACAGCCAAAGAGAGUGCAAAAGGUGCUCUUAUUACUGGUGCCACCGCAUUUUUAGGUGGAUUAAUGAUGGGGCCUCCAGGAUUCGCAGUAGGUGGCACUGUUGGUGGUCUUUUAGCAUACAGUAAUUCUGGGAAUUUCAGACCAGUGAGUAAAGUGUUUAUGGAACUACCAGAAAAGAAAAAAGACUACCUGAUUGAAAAUUUUUCUUCAAUUCUUGAUUUUUUAUUUUACUCUCUCUCUCUCUCUCUCUCUCUCUCUAUCUAUCUAUCUAUCUAUCUAUCUAUCUAUCUAUCUAUCUCUAACUCUCUGUUGUCACCCUAA